CAAAUGGAUGAUAAAUUAUUGUGUCCGCUUAAGCUAUAAAUCCAUUUUAAGCACGAAAAUUUUUGAGAUGUUCAUCAUUAUGAUAUUUUGGGCUUUUUGCCCACAAAGAUAAAAUUCCCCAAAGUAUUUUGGGCGGCGGGCAUUUAUUGGUGGGAAAGUAAACUGUUGGCCUACUGUCGACAGAGAGAAUCAGGUUCCACUAUUUUGACCGAGAAUUUAGAUUCCAUUAUUGUUGUGCCGAAGAAAUUUGUCGGAUUCUUCUAUUUUGGAUCCUGAAAAUUAUUGAAAUGCUCAGCGCCACAAGUUCUCUGUCUCUCACUAAACCUCCUCAGGCGUCACAGAGCGCACAGCUUAACGUUGACGCAUUGCGGCCGAAUCAUCCAUGGCAACGUCAUCAGUGCCCGAGUCGGAGUCCGAUUCCAGGUCCGAUCUCACUCUCAUUCUCCUUGCACCUAAAUCCUCCGUUUCGUUCCAAAUCGCAUAGUUCUCGAUUAGGCUGUGUUGGCUCGGAUUACGCAGAGAUCAUAGUACUGCGUCACGGUGAAACGGCCUGGAACGCUGAUGGAAGAAUCCAGGGGCAUCUGGAUGUUGAGUUAAAUGAUGCCGGGAGGCAGCAAGCGGCUGUAGUGGGUGAUAGGUUAUCCAAGGAGCCCAAGAUCUCCGUUGUAUAUUCUUCUGACUUAGCACGAGCUUAUGAAACUGCACAGAUAAUUGCAGCCAGGUGUGGCGGGAUAAAGGUUGUAACAGAUGUUGAUUUACGAGAAAGGCAUUUAGGGGAUCUUCAAGGCCUUGUAUUUCGCGACACUGCCAAACUUAAUCCUAAGGCUCACCAGGCCUUUGUAUCUCGUGAGACAUGCCAAGAGAUUCCAGGUGGUGGAGAAAGUCGUGAUCAACUUCAUCAACGUUGCGCAUCUUCAGUGCAGAGAAUUAGCAAUAAGCACAAAGGAGAGCGAGUAGUUCUAGUCAGUCAUGGAGGGUUUAUCAGAACACUGUACAAACAGGCUUCCCCGGAUGGCAGGUCUGUUGAAAAAGUACUCAAUACAUCCGUCAACAUAAUUCACGUGUAUGAUGACGGCAAAUGGACCAUAAAAUCCUGGGGUGAUGUUAGUCACCUCAACCCAACAGGUUAUCUGCAAUCGGGUUUCGGCGGGGACGAAAAAUCUGGUUAGUUCGUGAUUGGGAUGCUCUCAUAAUUUGUAGUAAUCAAUAGAAUGCUGGAAUUGACUAAUCAGUAUUCAGUCAGAAUUUCCUUCAAUAUGUAUGGCCUAGAUCGGCUGAUGCCGAAAUUUGUUUUGUCAUCUCAUUGGCCAAAACUAAAGCCACAUGGUUGUUCAAUCGACAUCAACUUUUCAAUUUUAGCAAUAAGUUGAAUUUAUUGAUAUGAUUUUUGGGAUUGCAAA